AAUUAAUACUAACACUACGUACGUACUGAAUUAAUUAAACGAUCGAUCGAUGAAGAUUAUAAGCAGCAGCAGCUUCCAAUUAGCUUAUUUAGGGAUUCUUCUUGUCAUACUUUUAUUCAUCAAUAUCCACUCGUUGCAAGCUGCCACUCUUCAAUAUACUUUCGUUGUUGACGAAACCAACUACACGAGGUUAUGCAACACCAAGAGCCUUAUAACCGUGAACGGGCUCUUCCCAGGGCCAACCAUUACAGCUCGUAGAGGUGACACCGUCAUCGUUGAUGUUAUCAACAGGGCUGAACACAAUAUCACAAUUCAUUGGCAUGGAGUGAAACAACCAAGGUAUCCAUGGUCUGAUGGACCGGAGUUUGUAACACAAUGCCCGAUCCAACCAGGGGGUAACUUUAGCCAACGGGUUUUUCUCUCUGACGAAGAAGGCACGUUGUGGUGGCACGCACACAGUGAUUGGUCGCGUGCCACUGUUCAUGGCUUGUUUGUCAUCCUACCCAGGCUUGGAACGACUUACCCUUUUCGCCAACCUGAUGCAGAAGUCCCCGUUGUUAUAGGUGAAUGGUGGGAAAGGGAUAUCCAAGAAGUGUUUGAAGAGUUUGUGAAAAGUGGUGGAGAUCCGCAAAGUUCGGAUGCUCUCACCAUCAAUGGUCAACCCGGUGAUCUUUACAAUUGCUCUGCUUCAGGAACAACUAAGAUAAGUCUCGAUCAAGGAAAGACAUACUUGCUCCGAAUGGUGAAUGCCGCCAUGAACAACCUUGCCUUCUUCGCCGUCGCCAACCACUCUCUGACGGUGGUUGGAUGCGACGGUGCCUACACCAAACCGCUCACAUCAACCUAUAUCGUCAUAUCCCCUGGUCAAACCCUUGACCUUCUUUUAGAAGCCAACCAACCUCUCAACAACUAUUACAUGGCAGCCAAGCUAUUCAACGGCCAACCGGCCAGUGAUUUCGACAACACCACUACCACCGCCAUCUUUGAAUACACCAGUGGAAGAAACUUCUCAUCCCCUCCUAUCUUCCCUGACAUGCCAGCUUUCAACGACCGCAAUGCAUCCGCUGUCUUUACUGGCAGUUUACGAAGUUUGGCCACCCCAGAACACCCCAUCGACGUCCCGUUGAAAAUAAAGAAAACACUUCUUUACACUCUUUCGAUAAACUCAAUACCGUGUGCAUCAAAUCAAACAUGUGACGGACCAAACAACACCACACGUUUCGCAGCCAGCGUGAACAACAUCACAUUUGACUUGCCUUCAACGUCCAUUUUGGGUGCUUACUAUAGAGGAAUAAACAACGGCGUGUAUGGGGACGAUUUCCCAGACGUUCCGCCUCUGAGGUUCAACUACACGCAGUCGCGUGGGUUGAACGCGUCGUUGAGAACGCCAGAGGUGGCAACGGAUGUGGAAAUGUUGAAGCAUAACGAGACGGUGGAGUUGGUGUUUCAAGGGACGAAUUUGUUGGCGGGAGUGGAUCACCCCAUGCAUUUGCAUGGGCAUAGUUUUUACGUGGUGGGAUGGGGUUUUGGUAAUUUUAAGAGGUCACGUGAUGUGUCGAGUUACAACCUGGUUGAUCCUCCCUUGAUGCAAACAAUUGCGGUCCCUCAAAAUGGUUGGACCGCCAUUCGAUUCAAAGCAGAUAACCCUGGUGUAUGGUUCAUGCAUUGUCAUCUGGAGCGACAUGUAAGUUGGGGGAUGGGGAUGGUUUUUAUCGUAAGAAAUGGAAAAGCUGCUAACGCUAGGGUUUUGCCACCACCUCCCGAUAUGCCUCCAUGUUAAUUAAGUACGAUCAAUUAUAUAUAUUAAUAUUGUGUACGAGUAUUAUUUUUUGGAAGCUAUAUAUAUAUAGCUACUUCUUGUAUUUAAUUACGUAAUUGUGAAAGUUAAAACGUACGGUACGCGUGUGUGUUUAUAUUCUCUACA